GCGGGUUCCGCCGCCUCGGGAACCUCGCGCACUGGGAUCCUCAUUCCGCUGCUGCGGGCGGGGGGCGGCGGCUGGCGGCGGCGGCGGCGGCGGCGGCGGCGGCGGCGGCCGUGAUGCUGAGUUCCCGGGCACAGGCGGCGAGGACGGCGGCCGACAAGGCCCUCCAGCGCUUCCUGCGCACCGGGGCGGCCGUCAGAUAUAAAGUCAUGAAGAACUGGGGAGUGAUAGGUGGAAUCGCCGCUGCUCUUGCGGCAGGAAUCUAUGUUAUCUGGGGUCCCAUUACAGAAAGGAAGAAGCGGAGAAAAGGGCUUGUGCCUGGGCUUGUCAACUUGGGGAACACCUGCUUCAUGAACUCGCUGCUGCAGGGCUUGUCUGCCUGCCCCGCCUUCAUCAAGUGGCUGGAAGAGUUCACCACCCAGUACUCCAGGGACCAGCAGGGGCCACACACACACCAGUGCCUGUCCUUGACAUUGCUGAACCUCCUGAAAGCUUUGUCCUGCCAAGAAGUCACGGAGGAUGAGGUCCUGGACGCAGGCUGCCUGCUGGAUGUCUUGAGAAUGUACAGGUGGCAGAUUUCCUCCUUUGAAGAGCAGGUGAGCACUCCAGACAGCAGGCUGAGCUUGGAGAGAGCUGUAGGAGAUGCACUAGGCUUGGACCUUUGUGUGCAUUACCGAACUGCAUCCGUGUGCCAGCCCUGUUCAGGGUCCCCGAGCAGGGCAGCUGCUGCCCCACAGACACUGAACAAUGUGAGACAAUCCACCCCUCAGUCCAAUGUCAGUAGUGCUGUGGAAUGCAUCUUCGGACUGUCUCUUACAGGUCUGAGUCAUCCAGGGGCCCCCAAGACCCAGAUCUUCAUGAACGGCGCCUGCUCCCCAUCUUUGUUACCAGCCCUGCAUUCCCCGAUGGCCUUCUCUCUGCCGGUGGUUCCCGACUACAGCUCCUCCACGUACCUAUUCCGCUUGAUGGCAGUUGUUGUCCACCAUGGAGACAUGCACUCUGGACACUUUGUCACUUACCGACGGUCCCCACCUUCGGCCAAGAACCCUCUGUCAACCAGCAACCAGUGGCUGUGGGUUUCUGAUGACACCGUCCGCAAGGCCAGCCUGCAGGAGGUCCUGUCUUCUAGCGCCUACCUGCUGUUCUACGAGCGAGUUCUGUCCAGGGUACAGCAGCAGGGGCGGGAGUACAGGGCUGAGGAGUGACGGGCCUGCCCAGAGCCAGGGCCAUAGUGAGGUCCACAGCCCAGGACAGAAGGCAUGCCACGUGUACGCGUGCAAGCAGCCCCUCUAAGCCCCUGAGCCUUCUGUGUAUUGUGAGAGCAGGCUCCACACGGGAGCCUGUCCUGCGCAGCACUGCCAGGGGGUACUGGAAGGUGUCCUCAGGUGAGGACAGCAUCCAUUGUGUCUGGAGCAUCUUCCUCAUCUGACACAGGUCAUUAAAAGACACAGACUCCAGGGGCCACCAUUUCUGUACUGUAACAUGCUAGGUGUUCCCAGAGGGUACUGCCUUUGUCUGGCCUUCUGACAUUUCAGCAUAGAUCUUUAUUUUUAAUAAGAAGGCCCUAAAUAAUAUUGACAAGAAUUAGUGAAAUUAUUAUUAUUUUUUUGAGUUAGUGAAAUUAUUAAAGGCAACAAUUCAGAAGAAAAAGUGCCUUUCCCUUCUGGUUGUUCUGGGAACAGGCAUGUCCUAAGAGUCACAGGCACAAUGUUGGGAAAGCCCUCCUCCUUCCAAGUUCCUUAGAGGUCAAAAGAACAUUUAAGGAUGCCUAAACAGCAUGGUAGGUAGCUCAUGCCUGGAAUCCCAGCACUCAGAGGCUGGGCAGGAGGAUCACUGCAAGCCAGCCUGGGCUACAUAAUAAAACAUAGUCUCCUCCCCAAAAGCCUUGAGAACACCUCCCCACCUUUGGGUAUGCCUUUUGUAAUCUUCAGUUCUUUAUAUGUAGUCAAGGUCACCCGCCAGUCCCACCCUGAGCCUUUUCCAAAACUGUGCUGUCUACACCGUCUGCUGAUCCUGCUUCGUGAGAUGGCUCGCUUUGGGUUAUUAGUUCCCAUAAUAGGGUCUGUAGGCAAGAGCCUGGGCAGGGUGGCCCUAGAGCUGAGCUGGGAGGAAGAGCACUGGCCCAGGGCUGCAGGCUCUCUGACCUUGCUUCUUAGAGCCCACGGUGAGGAAGAAAGCGUGAUGUCCCAACAGAACUGCAGCCAAUACAUCCUGCCGGUGUGCUCUAGGACCAUGUUCUAAGAGUGUGUGUCCAGUGAGUGACCUUGGAAGCACAGGGUGCACUGGGCAUUUCUUCCGUUUUCAGAUAAGUUUCAUGAAUAGCCCAGGGAUGGAGGAACCUUGAUGGCACAAUGGCACCUGUUUUAGCUAAGUUUCUACUUAAAAACAAAACAUGAUACCAAACCAAAUUCAGACGGACUCUUUCGAUGUAAGAUUUGGAACCAGACCUAUCCAGAGGUCACUGAGGUAAGGCCAAGGACGUGUUUUCUCUACAGGGGUGAGCUGGCAGACAUUCCAGAUGUGCCUAGGCAUCGACUGAGAUCAGGUCACACUGUGCAUCCUGAGGACUUGAGACUCUGAGUCUGUGCCGUGCUGGACCUCCGAGCCACAGCUCCCACAAGAGCAGCUGAACCAUUUGGUGUGGCCCAGGCCCUGCAGACCUGGCUUUCGGGUUGAGGUGAACGCACAGCGCUCGGUCACCUGUGAUCUUAGAGUACUUUGCAGAGUUGUAGGCUCCAAUAGUCAGUCCUGCUAUUCGUUCUGAGGUCGGCCAGGGAGAGAGGACCAAGUGGACAAGUGUGGGAUGCUGGUCAGAGCCCUGGGUUUGAGCCAAGGCUGUAAAUGUGUUAACCUGACCGAGUGCUAAUGCACUUCCUCAUUUUGUACAUUAUUAGACAUUAUAGCAACCAAUGAUGAUUUCUAGUUUUAAAUUAUUCACAGUAGGUAGCUUCUUUCUGGAAAACCUAAGUUAAGCCUGUAUUUACGCCGUAGGCUGCUGAGUGUGGAUCUGCUAAAGGCACUUUUGUAUCUGCUGUGUACUAUAGCAAUAAAGACGGUUUUGUUAGGAAACACUUGACUGUGGGCUUAUGUACAUCAAAUUACCUGUGAACUUUCAAAGACCUGCCUGCCUCUGCCUCCUGAGGGCUGGCAUUAAAGAUACGCUGCCAUGCCA